AUGUACGAUACUAUUAUCAUUGGCGCUGGCCUCAGCGGACUUCAAACUGCUUUAACCAUCCACGAAGCAGGCCAUUCUGUACUUGUCCUUGAAGCGCGUGAUCGAGUAGGAGGCAAAACAUGCACUGCGUCACUUGAGACAGGUGGUUGUGUUGAUCUGGGUGCUGCUUGGAUCAAUGACACGAACCAGCAUCGAAUGUACAGCUAUGCGCAACGCUUUGGGCUUGAGUUGAUCAAGCAAAAUACCGAGGGCAAUGGGCUACUGCAGGACGUGGAUGGAAAAAUUCUUCCAUUUGCGUAUGGAUCUACACCACCGUUUGAAAAUAAAUCUGAUGUUCAAGAUUUGGAACGGAUCAGGGACUUGAUCCACGAUGCCUCGAUCACAAUCCGGGAAUCACUGCUUGCAGUUUGCCCAGAUCAGCUGCUCACAGAAUUGGAUGAGGUCACUAUGCAUGAUUUCGUCAAACACCAGAACGCCACGGAGCGCACGAUCAAGAUGAUCAAUAUUUGGACUCAGGUCAUGCUUGGUGUGGACUCGAAUGAGAUUAGUGCUGCGAGCUUCAUAGAUUAUUGCGCUAAGGGCGGAGGCUUGAUGCAAAUGCGCUCUGACAGCAAGCACGGAGGGCAGUAUCUGCGCUUUCGAACGGGAACUCAGCAAGUUGCUAUUAAUAUCGCAGAGUUACUGCCACAAUGUUCGAUCCGUCUAAUGUCAGCAGUUAAAGUCGUAUCGGAUCGCGGUGAUCAUGUGCAAGUGACAGUGGCUUCACCAUAUUCGAAAGAAAGCAUAUUCACGGCACGAAAGCUGGUCAUCUCGAUUCCAACUCCAAUGUACAAAAUGAUCACAUUUUCCCCAGCAUUGCCGGAGCGCAAGUGGGCUGCCAGUAACAGUACCAAACUGGGGGUCUACACCAAGCUGAUCGCUGUGUAUCGGGAGCCAUGGUGGGUUGACAAAAAGCUAUGUGGCUUGAUCUUGAGUUAUGAAGGUCCCAUUGUUGUGGCUCGAGACACGAGCAGCCCACUUGACGAACAGUAUUCUCUCACAUGUUUUGUGAAUGGAUCAGUUGGUGAAAAGUGGAGCAAGCUUACUCCUUUUAAAAGACAAGCUAUUGUCUUAAUGCACCUUCGUCAGAUAACGGGAGAUGAUAGAGCCUUGGAUCCAAUUGAUGUUCUGGAGCGCCAGUGGAUGAAUGAAGAGUGGAGCCAGGGAGCUGUGUGUCCUAUCAGUGCACCAGGAGUCAUUUCAUCUGUGGGAAGUUUGUGGAAGGCACCGGUCGGUAAUAUCCAUUUUGUGGGAACGGAGUUCGCUAGAGAGUGGAAAGGGUAUAUGGAGGGAGCGGUCAGCUCAGGCGAGGAUGGCGCGAAGGAAGUUUUGGAGACAUUGAAAAAAAAGAGGAAAGCUGUAGAUGGAGAAUCAAUUACAGUAAACAUUUAA